AUGGCUUUGAUGAAGGGUGUUACAAAUUUUGGAUUGCGGGUUUUGAUACUUAUUUGUCUUGCCAAGUGCAACGUAAUUGAUUGGUCUACAAUACCAAUGCCACCACGUUUUAUUCAUGAACCCAAUGAUGCUACUAUUUAUUUUACGUUGGAAUCAACUCAAGUUUCUAAUGGUCAUAACCUAGAUUAUUUAAAGGAACGUACGUUAAGAUGUAUCGCUGAAGGUAAUCCACCCCCUGGAUAUAAAUGGAAAAAGAACGGUAAACCGUUCAAUUUAGCAAUGUAUUCGGAUCGGAUCGCUCAACGCCCUGGUGAAGGGUCAUUUGUAUUUUCUAAAUUAACCGCUGCUGAUGAAGGUGUUUAUCAGUGUGAAGCAACUAACGACAAUGGCACUGCUAUUUCGGAAAAAAUCACUCUUGAGCAAACAUGGAUACGGUACUUUCCAAAAGCUGAGCCAGAAAUUGUCCGUGUUGAUUUAGGCGAUCCUUAUCAGCGGAAUUGCACUCCACCAGAAUCUAAUCCACCUGCUCGAGUUUACUGGAUUUUCAAAGUAUAA